UGAAGUCCAGUGGCAAGACAAAAGUCAGGAUGACUAGCAUGACUUGUGAUGCAAUGGAUGAACUCGGCACCUUCGCUGUCUGACCAAGACCAAGAGCUCCAGAUUCAACUUAUUUUGUAGCUAUUAGAACAGGUCAUUGUCAUCCACCCACUCCACUGAAAGAGGUCUUCACAUGUUUGGGGUGGACAUCCCCAUAGAUCACCAACAGGUUUUUGCCUGUUGACUGCCUUCUAACCUGGUGUCUGCCAAGAUGGUUUUAACAGGGUGACUGCUGUGCUUACUACAGCUUCUUGGAGCUACAAGGAUCUUUACCACAGAUGCUCAUCAUCCCAGCAAUUCGACCCUUCACCAUUUGACCCAACAGCUACUGCAGAACUAUCGUAAGGAAGUAAGGCCAGUUCAAAACUGGACUCAGGCCACAACUAUUUAUCUGGAUUUCUUGGUCCAUGCUGUGUUGGAUGUGGAUGCACAGAAUCAAAAACUAAAGACUAGUAUAUGGUACAAAGAGAUUUGGAAUGAUGAGUUUUUAGCCUGGAACUCCAGCCUGUUUGAUGGAAUAGGAGAAAUCUCCCUUCCCCUGAGUGCCAUCUGGUCCCCUGAUAUCAUCAUCAAUGAAUUCAUGGAUGUUGAAAAAUCACCUGAUCUUCCCUAUGUUUACGUGAACUCAUCUGGGACCAUUAAGAACAAUAAGCCCAUCCAGGUGGUCUCUGCAUGCAGUUUGGAGACAUAUGCUUUCCCAUUUGAUACACAGAACUGCAGCCUAACCUUCAAAAGCAUCCUGCACACAGUGACAGAUUUAGAUCUUGCCUUCCUGAGGAGCACAGAAGACAUUGAGAAAGACAAAGCUUUGUUCAUGAAUGAUGGCGAGUGGGAACUUCUUUCUGUGCCUUCAACCUACCACGUCAUGCACAAUGAAGCUGGUGACUUUGCCCAGAUUCAGUUUCACGUGAUCAUCCGGAGACGACCAUUGGUCUAUGUGGUAAAUCUUUUAAUUCCCAGCAUCUUCCUCAUGGUUGUGGAUUUGGGCAGCUUCUAUCUACCCCCAAACUGCCGCAGCAGGAUCACUUUCAAGACCAGCAUCCUGGUGGGCUACACAGUUUUCAAGGUCAACAUGUUGGAUGAGGUACCCAGGAGUGCAAUGAGCACACCUCUGAUUGGUGUCUUCUUCACAAUCUGUAUGGCCUUUCUGGUUCUCAGCUUAUCUAAAUCUAUCCUUCUGGUUAAGUUCCUCCAUACAGAGAGAAACAGUGGACAGGACCAUCCCCUCUUUUGUUUCCAAAGGACCUCCAGGGCUAGACUAGCUGAUAGUACCCAUCCCAUCAGAACCUCUUUGGUGGUGGAUGACUCCCCAACAGAUGUCCCUCACUGUCAAGAUCACCAGACCCAAGGGGAAGUUCUAAAGGACGCCCUGGUUCAGCUCCAGUCCAUCAGCUCCUGUGUUCAGGCUCUGGACCAGACUGCCCAACAAGAAGCUUCAUGGGUUGCAAUCCUGUACAGAUUUGACAAGCUUUUGUUCCGGGGCUACCUCCUGGUUCUGGGAGUAUACACCAUCACACUCUGUUCCCUGUGGGGAAUAUGGAGUUCUCUGAAAACUACAGUUAGGCCAAGUUCAUAGUGUACAUGGCCCUUGAGUGGUGUGUGUGUGUGUGUGUGUGUGUGUGUGUGUGUGUUGUGGGGUUGGGUAGGAAAGGGGAAAGAACUACUGGUGAUAGAGCCCUUUACAGGGAAAUUCAAUAGCCUCCAUGCCCAUUUAUACUUAUCACAUAUUAUUUUCUUUUAAGAGCAAGAGAAAUAUUAUAGACUAACAGAAAGCACACUGGCUCUGGAGUCUGAGGACCUGGGUUCAAAUCCGGCCUCUGGCACUAACUCCCUAUAGAACUUUAACCUAUUUAAUCACUUAACUUCUAGCUAUAAAAUGAAGGGGUUAGACUAGAUGGUUUCUAGAUCCCUUCCAGAUCUACUUGUUUAAUCACUUUUGACUCUUCACGUCCUCCACUGACCACACUGUCCAUGGAGUUUUCUUGGUAAACAUACCAGAGUGGUUUGCCAUUUCUUUCUCCAGUGGAUUAAAACAAAUAAAGGUUAAGUGAUUUGUCCAAGGUUAAACCACUAGUAAGUGCCUGAGGUCAGAUUUGAAUUCAGUUCUUCCCCAUUCCAGGCCCAGGCUUGAUCUACAGCUAUGAUAGAAAAUCAUGUCAUCUUGCUUUCCUAUCUAUAUAAUUUAGGUUCUAGUGCCCAUCUUUGCAUACUAGCUUCCUUACCAACCCUGGUCCUCAUAGUUGUCUAAAGUGCCUUCUAGCUCUGAAUCUAUAAUAAUUAAUAUCCAUAUUAGUGAUUCUUUCUAGACCACUCAGCUGAGAGAAUUGAAGGGAUCAGAACAGCAAAUGGUAGUGAGAAUUGAGGCAACUGAGUGAACUAUACUUGACUCCAUCUUGUGACUCAAUUCUGGAGCUAUCUCCGAUCUCUUCCUAUUCAAUGAUGAGCCUAGUCCAACUUCUGUCUUGCGAGAAAACUGUAUUCAGUUGUGGGAAUUAUAAGAAAACCUUAUUGUAUUGUUUGAACUUAACCCUGGGUGACUGGGAACCUGGACCAUCUCUACGUGUGAUUUAGAGACCCUUAACUAAGGACCUAUAUUAGGCUGAUCAGAAACCCAAUUAGAUCCAAAAAUAAAUGUAAGGAACUUUUUCACAAUUGUACAGCUCGAGCAACCUAUAUGUAUUAUCUGAAAACUGGCCCCACACUGAUCUAUCAGUAAUUGCUUCCAUGUUCUUUUACACAGAAAUUUUGAAGGAAUGGGACACCUCUUUCCUGAGUUCUGGGAAUUGCACCUGUUCAUUCUCCCCCUCCCAAUUUGGAAAGCUCCUAAUGUUUCAUCCAAUUAGAAAUCAGAUUACCUAAUGUUAUAUUGUUUCCUUUUAAUUGGCCUUAUUUGAUUACAGUGGUUCCUUGGUACUCAUCAUUAAUUCAUUUUCAAGUACCAAAAAGGUCUAGUACCAAAUGAAUUUUCUCAUAAGGAAUAACAAAAAUUGAAUUAAUCCAUUCCAGACACCCAGAAAAUUCAGAUUUUAUGGGGCAUUAUAUGCAUUAAUGGAGUUGUAUUUUAGUAAAUAAACAUCAAUAAUACAUAGAGGAUAAAUAAAAAACAAUAAUUAAAUAAAAUAAUUUUAAGUUAACUUUAGCUGUAUUGAGAGGCAUUUGUAACUUAAGGGAAUGGUGGGGAAGAGAAAUGUUAUUGUCUAGAAGAGCAGUCCCCUUCCAUAAUCUCUGAGGGCCACCGCCCUUCUGUCCCUUAUGAUCACUGAACCCUGCUUGAGAUUCACCAGGUUUAAGCUUUAUGAGAAAUCUUUUAAAUGAUUUUUGUUUUUGUCUGCAUCUCCAAAUUCCUGUAAAGUGGGGAAUGGUCUGGUCAUUUAACAAAUUUAUAAUUUGGCUUGUUACAUUAUCACGGUGAUAUUUUUCAACAAAGUUUUGUACUUGCACCCAUUUUGCACAUAUUUCCUUGAUUAAUGAAGUGGAAACAUCCUCCUUUACCUCCUCCUCACCUGAAGAAAACUCCACCUCACCCCCCCAACCCCAAUCAGGAGGUGUUGCUGCUCACUUUGAAGUUCCUAUGACUCUUCAGUGACUAGCUCUUCCUUAUGCUACUGAGCUAACACGAGACCCUUUAUUUAGGCUGGAGUGGGCAUAUGCUUCCCAAGAUCUUGAUGCCAACAAGUUCUAGCAAUUGCAUUGAGUGCCAAGCAAACAUUGAAUUUUUUUCUCAUCAAAAUGUAAUGCCUCAAAUACUAAAUUCAACGAGUUCCAAGACCGUCA